AUGGUAAGCGCUCAUGAGGACGAUUACGACUAUUUGUAUAAAGUUGUUUUGGUUGGAGAUGCCACUGUUGGCAAGACACAUUUAUUGUCGCGGUAUAUCAAGGGGUCUCUGCCAAAGAACCCAACAGCCACGAUUGGUGUAGAAUUCGCAACUCGGACUGUGCCACUUGCUGUGGGCGGCACUGUGAAGGCACAGAUAUGGGACACUGCCGGCCAAGAGAGGUAUCGUGCAAUCACUAGCGCUCACUACCGACGAGCUGUUGGUGCUCUGUUGGUUUACGACAUAACCAGAGAAGGAACAUUCAAGAGUUGCACAAAAUGGAUGGAGGAACUGCGACAAAGCGCAGAACCUGACAUCGUGAUCAUGCUUGUAGGCAACAAGGUCGACCUGGUCGAAAAGGAUCCCUCCCUUCGCCAGGUCUAUUAUGAUGCUGCGCAAGAGUUCGCCAAACUUCAUGGGCUGAUCUUUGCAGAGGCCAGCGCGGUGACAGCCACCAACGUAAAAUAUUGUUUCGAGCACUUGCUGCAGGAGAUCUAUGAGCAGACCUCCAAGAGACGAGAGCAGCAGAGCAUCGACCAAAACAUGGUGGGUGGUGGUAUACAGGUUGCAGCAAUUGGGCCAAAGACCGACAGUUGCGACUGCUGA